UUAUUAUUCUUUUGUAUCAAAACAUACUUGCUCUCCCCAUAUAUGAGAUAUUCAACGUGCGUGAUCCAUCGUUCACUUGUUAGAAUAUCAUUUAUUUGACAGGAGAAGUCCAUGAAUGGUGGUAAACCAUAAUUGAAAAAAAAAUUUCAGUUAAUCCAAGCCUUCGGCAAAUUAAUGAUUUAUUACAACGCCUAAACAUGGUGUUUCCGCAUAGCUGCCUGUUAAUUUUAUAAAUUUCUAAAAUUGGGGUCAUCGACCUUUACUCAUUCUAUUAUUAUAAAACCGCAUGUCCCAGCAGUACCAUGGUUGUUGGAAAACUUAUUUCGAAAAUCAUCCAGUCAAUGCCAACAUGGGAAGUUACUAAAUAUUAUGGGCGAGUCUGUAUAUUUCAAUUGAAAUGUUUAAAGUACCGAAUGCAAACUAGCGAGGCCUGGUUCAACUUUAAGUGUAAGUUUAUGCCAGGAAGUCUGCGCGACGAUGCAGAAUGCGAAGACCCGCCUCCGGAAGAGACUAAUAAGCAGUUCAAUGAUAAAUCCGGAAAACUAGGACCACAUGAGACACAGAAAGGGGGAACGUCCAAAAACCAGGAUUAUGAGCCAACGAAGAAGGCAAAAAGCAGAACAAAAAUGAAAUUGGUUCCUGAAUCAUUCUACAAAGAUCAGCAUCAGUCUCGAUCAGUUAAUAAGAAGCACCGAGCGACCUGUGACAGAGAAAGGAGCACAAAUAAUAAUAGCUGCACCUAUAAAGGAUGCGAUAUAUCAGCGGUAGAAAGAGGAUGUCGAACAGCCGAGUGCAAGGUUUCAUCAAAUAGGAAAAAACAAAGUAGUGACAAGCAAUCUUCUUGUGAUAGACAGCAAGGACAGCAAGAAGGAAAAGUCAUAUGUACACAACCACGACAGGAAGAGCAAUAUAGUAAAAAGCAGAAAUUAAAGAGGUCAAAGAAAAAUCCUAGUACACCAGAAAAGAAGCAAAAACUGAAUCGCAAUUAAUAAUGAAUAGAAACUUCUUAACGAGGAAGAUAUUCUGCAGAUCUACAAUGAAUAUUCCCUGUCUAGUUGCUAACUUUAUAAAAAUCUUACAUCUUGUUAGAAAUUUAUUUUGAGCGUCUUGCAGUUUUGCUUUUUCAUAUUGUUGAACAGUAUUAAUAAAGAUAGUAAGAGAAUAUGAUAAGAAUGAAAAUGAUAUGAAUCUUAUGCAAUAA